UAUAAAUUAAUUGUGAAAAUAACUGAAUAUAUAUUUGAAAAAUAGUGAGUGCAGAGGUACAACUCCAAAAUCCUUACUGAGGUAGUACAAUGGCUUGUUAGAGACAGUAACUUGGUGUAUGUGCUAUAUACGAGUAAAAAUAAAAAGAUGAUAUAUAAAACUGUGUUUCUGGUAAAAGCUCAUCAAUACAGGCUCCUUCUUCUUCUUCUUUCAAUAAACGUUAUGGUGAAUUACCACCUCCAACUGGAUCCACUAAUUAUUAAAUAAAAGACAUUUAAACACACCAUAGUUAUGUUCUCUCUUUCAAGUUUGUUCUCCUAAGAUACUGAAACAACAAUAGAUAACACUUCUCUCUAGGACUUCUUUGUAAAGGAUCACUUAAAUCAAACCACAUGUUUAUUUCUUUAAGGUCCAGUGUCAGUUCCCCUCUCUCAGCAUCAUAUUUUGGACAGUAAAACACGUUCUACAGUUCUUUCUUCUUGUAUUACGUUUUCCUAUUUUGUACUGUUUAAUCCUGUAUGACCAAAACGUAGCCUGGAUAUUAUUGUUUCCUCUUUACUGGUUCUCACUGUUUCUCUCAUCAUACCUCUUUGAAUGUUGUAUAACCACCUUCCUGUUCUCUCUUCUUCUUACUGCUUUUGCCACCUUUCUUUCAACUGAUGCUUAACUGUGGUCUUCAUUUCCGUUUUUACUAAGGGCCACUGUAAUGUCAGUGUGAUUCGUUUUUGUGGCUUCCUUUGCACACUUGUCAGCUAUUUAAUUUCCUUUAAUUCCUAUACAUGCUGGUACCCAUGCAAAUAUCAUAUUUAGCCCCAUCAUUUGAAUUAUAUAUAGUGUUUGCUGUAUCUCUAUUAAGACUUCUGGUCUGCUGUCUGAAUGGCUGCUCUCAAAAGUCUUAAACCCAUCAUAAUGCUAUCAAUAUAAGCUAUCUAUGUGUUUGGUUUUUAGCUACAAGAAAGUAUAUUUCAGUGUGCAGGGUUACCAUGACCUAAUCCUGAGCUGUAGCACCUGUCUCGCGAGAGUCUGCGAGGUGAUAAGUUGAAGAAACAUGGCGACGUCUAAUUUGUUAAAGAACAAGGGGUCCUUGCAGUUUGAGGACAAGUGGGAUCUGAUGCGGCCCAUCGUUCUCAAGCUGCUCCGACAGGAGGCCGUCACCAAGCAACAGUGGUUCGACUUGUUCUCAGAUGUCCAUGCUGUGUGUCUAUGGGAUGAUAAAGGACCAGCCAAAAUCCACCAAGCCCUCAAAGAGGACAUCCUAGACUUCAUCAAACAAGCACAGGCUCGGGUGCUGAGCCACCAGGAUGACACAGCACUGCUAAAGGCCUACAUUGUAGAGUGGAGGAAGUUCUUCACCCAGUGCGACAUCCUGCCCAAACCCUUCUGUCAGUUAGAGAUUACGCUGAUGGGCAAACAGGGCAGCAACAAGAAAACAAACAUGGAGGACAGCAUCGUACGCAAGCUAAUGCUGGACACAUGGAACGAGUCAAUCUUUUCCAACAUUAAAAGUCGUCUGCAGGACAGCGCCAUGAAGCUGGUGCAUGCUGAGAGGCAGGGGGAGGCCUUCGACUCCCAGCUUGUUAUUGGAGUACGAGAGUCGUACGUGAACCUGUGUUCGAACCCAGAGGACAAGCUGCAGAUCUACAGGGAUAACUUUGAGAAAGCAUACCUGGACUCCACAGAGAGAUUUUACAGAACACAGGCACCGUCCUACCUGCAACAGAAUGGCGUCCAGAACUACAUGAAAUUUGCAGACGCAAAGCUGAGAGAAGAGGAGAAGAGAGCACUUAGAUAUCUAGAGACACGUCGUGAAUGUAACUCUGUUCAAGCACUUAUGGAGUGUUGUGUGAAUGCUCUGGUGACCUCGUUCAAAGAGACAAUCCUAGCUGAAUGUCCAGGCAUGAUCAAACGCAACGAGACAGACAAGCUGCACCUGAUGUUUUCGCUGAUGGACAAAGUUCCCAACGGGAUCGAACCCAUGCUGAAAGACCUGGAAGAACAUAUCGUCAGUGCUGGACUAGCAGACAUGGUGGCUGCUGCCGAGACUAUCACUACUGACUCUGAGAAGUAUGUGGAGCAGUUGUUAACUUUGUUCAACCGCUUCAGUAAGCUGGUGAAGGAGGCCUUCCAGGACGACCCUCGCUUCCUCACAGCAAGAGAUAAGGCUUACAAGGCUGUUGUCAAUGAUGCCACAAUCUUCAAACUGGAGCUGCCUAUGAAACAGAAAGGUGUGGGUAUGAAGACUCAGCCAGAGUCAAAGUGUCCUGAGCUGCUGGCAAACUACUGUGACAUGCUGCUGAGGAAAACUCCUCUCAGCAAGAAACUCACCUCAGAGGAAAUCGAGCUCAAACUCAAAGAAGUGCUCUUGGUUUUGAAGUACGUCCAGAAUAAAGACGUGUUCAUGCGUUAUCACAAAGCUCACCUGACCAGGCGCCUGAUUCUGGACAUUUCAGCAGACAGCGAGAUUGAAGAGAACAUGGUGGAGUGGCUGAGAGAAGUAGGAAUGCCUGCCGAUUAUGUGAACAAGCUGGCCAGGAUGUUUCAGGACAUCAAGGUCUCAGAUGACCUCAAUCAGGUCUUCAAAGAGAUGCACAAACACAACAAGCUGGCACUGCCAGCGGACAGUGUGAACAUUAAGAUCCUGAACGCCGGAGCUUGGUCACGAAGCAGUGAGAAAGUUUUCGUCUCGCUGCCCACGGAGCUGGAGGACCUGAUUCCAGAGGUGGAAGACUUCUACAAGAGGAAUCACAGUGGUCGCAAACUCCACUGGCAUCACCUCAUGUCCAACGGCAUUAUCACCUUUAAAAAUGCAGUGGGUCAGUACGACCUGGAGGUGACCACGUUCCAGCUGGCGGUGUUGUUCGCCUGGAACCAAAGACCCAAAGAGAGAAUCAGCUUUGAGAACCUCAAACUGGCCACAGAGCUGCCUGAUGCAGAACUACGCCGUACACUCUGGUCUCUGGUGGCCUUCCCCAAGCUGAAGAGACAGGUGUUGUCUUAUGACCCUCCAGUUAACUCACCCAAAGACUUCACAGACAGCACACUCUUCUAUGUCAACCAGGAGUUCUCACUCAUAAAAAACUCCAAAGUUCAGAAGCGAGGAAAGAUCAAUCUGAUUGGCCGGCUGCAGCUGACCACAGAGCGAAUGAGAGAAGAGGAGAAUGAAGGAAUCGUUCAGCUCAGAAUACUCAGAACUCAGGAGGCCAUCAUCCAAAUCAUGAAGAUGAGGAAGAGGAUCAGCAACGCUCAGCUGCAGACGGAGCUGGUGGAGAUCCUGAAGAACAUGUUUCUGCCUCAGAAGAAGAUGAUCAAGGAGCAGAUCGAGUGGCUCAUUGAACACAAGUACAUAACGAGGGACGAGACAGACAUCAACACCUUCAUCUACAUAGCCUAGGCAGCGAGGGAGGGAGCACUUUCUUGCUCUGUUUUUUACUCCUGGCCUGUGACCUGCGCUUUAAAAACCUGCAAGAGGAGAGGGACGAGGAACAAAAGGAUGUGUUUGAAGAAAAGGAGAGAGGUGAUGAUGAGUAGGGAGUGUGUUGAAGGACGAGGAAGAGCCUUUUCAACAAAAGUGUGGAUAUUUUCUGUGUUUGUGAGACACGAGUGUGUUGUCGGAAUGUCUUUUCGAUGGCGUAGAGUUGAGUCAUCGGACUGUCUGUUUGUCUCUGCUGCCCUCUAGUGUCAAUCAGAGGAGAUGGACGGCAGCGUGCGCCGGUUGCCAACAGCUCAGAAGAGAAAAAAAUAGUGACAUUAUUAAAUUAAAUACUUCCUGCCUUACUUUCAUCAGCAACAGACUGCAGAAGAAGAGGAGGAGCAGUGAGGAGGGAAGGGAGGACAAAUGUAAUAAAGCUGAUAUCAAUCCUUUGCUUUCACUUAAUGCCACAGCUGCCAUCUUAGCGGCAGCCAUUUUGCAUCCCUCCUAUUCUACAUUUGUCUUAUCUUUGAAUUGGGAAUGCAAAAUGCCGCGAGUGAAAGCUGCCAUUGAGGAGGAGUGGACACAGAUGGGGAGAUUAGUUGAAACUACCGAGGAGUAUUUUGCCAAAUUGUGUGUGCGUGUGUGUGUGUGUGUGUGCGUGUGUGUGUUUGGGAGCAUGGUUUAUAUCUGGUCUUUUAGAUGUGUCUGCACUUUCAACAGCAUGCUGCUUUAUGAUUUUUGUUUGUUUUUGUUCAGUGGAGGAUCUGUCACACUUUGUGGUUGUGUCUGAGAAGGUUGGGAAAUCAAGACCAGCCACUAUUUAAAUGCUGAUAUUUUCUUUUUCUUUUUAUCCCCUGAGGCAGGGAAAGCUUGUCAACAGGUAAACAAGACCCUUGUCUGUGUUACGAAAUGAUCAUACUGCAAACUAUUUAUUUGGUGUGUAAAGACCCGUGCUCUGAAAAUUGUGAGAUUAAAUACCAGCUGAAUGCAUCAAAGAGGGACACGUCUAGAAUUGUGAGCAGAUACUUACAGGUACGGCAGUAAAAUAGAAACACAAAUACUUACAUAGACUAGAUUGAAGCUCCAUUACUGAAUUUUCACCUCAUUAAUCCACUUCAUUCUUUGCACAAUGUCAGUACCAAGAAAAACUGUUAAAACUAAAACAACAUAAAUCUAUUCCAUUAAGGUUCAAAAUGAAUGAACUGCUGUUUUUUUGGGGGGGUCUUUUUCCCCAAUGAGAACUCUGUCUGAGCUGUUGUUCAUAUGGCGUCAUGUUGUGUGUGAUCCAACGGGCCCCAUACUCUUUAACAGAAAUGUGACUCAUUCUCAAAGUGAAUGUGUUGAAGCAAAGCAGAUGGUGCAUAUCAGCCGUGGUUUUAAUUGUAUUGGUGAUGAUGAUGUGGCUAUUUGAGUUACCUCUCUGGUUUUUAUUUUCAGUCUCAGUGGAGAAGCUAUACACUACGAUCAAUACUUUCCUGGUUCAGACUUAUCGCAAGUUAUUUUGAUUUUAUUCUCGAUGGCCAGAUAUGUAUGUAGGGGUUGUUGUCCAGUCCAGUCCAUUGUAAGAAAUAGAGGUCAAAAUCCACGAAACUCAUUCCAACAUUCAGCUGAAGCUGAUGUGAUGCUUCAGAAGUCUGACUGAUCCUGCUGCCACUGUUAACAGGUGUAAAACUGUAUUUUGUGACCCAUCAGAGUCUAUAAUGAUGAUAAUAACAAUAAUAAUAACUUUAUGGAGCACCACAACGCCACCGGUUUGACUCCAGCCGGCGAGCUUUGUUGCAUGUCAUGCCACUCUCUCUCCCCCCAUUUCCUGUCUGCCUCUUCACUCUCACUCUGUCCAAUAAAAAGAUAUCUUAACAAUAAUAACUUUAUUUAUACAGCACCUUUCAAAACAAAAGUUACAAAGUGCUUUACAAUAAAAGCAAAGAAUUAGAGUAAACUAAAUAUAAAACAAGAUAAAAUAAUUCAAAUAAUUACAACAAAUACAGUUAAGAAAAAGCCAUAAGAUGAAAGUGAGCGAACAAGUAUGAAACAUUGUGCAACAUUAUGAAAUCAAUUCAAGACAGUUCAAGGAUAUUUUCAGUUAAAUUAUACUGUAUGUCUUUUUUAAUACAAAGUUAACUUUCACUGAAGCAAGUGAAAUUAUAUUUUUUACUUGAAUAAUGUAAUGAUGAAAUCAGUCGCAAAGCUGCUUCUAUUUCUGCAGUGCACUUUUUCCUCUGUGACCUGAUUGGGAGUUUCAGCUAUUAGCUAAUAGCACUUUCCUACCUCAGUGGACAAAGCGCUUUGCAAUUUGCCUCUCAGUCACAUGUUUUGUUAGCUGUUACCUAAAACAGUGACCUCAUUGUAUUUACGUAGGUUGAUCUUGUUUGCUAGUCGUGAUGGCAGAAACUGGGGGUCCGUAGUGGGCAGUAGAUCCAGUAUUAACUUAUCAAAGAUGUAUCAGUGUAUAUGUCAGCCAAGAAGUAACAAGAAAUUGCUUCCAAAGAUGUUUGGAAGUAAUUUAGAAACAUACUCCAUUACAUAGUUUGUCCACCAGAGAGUGCUGACAAGAUCAUUUUUCAACAGUAAAAUGUCCCGUUCAGUACAUAUCUUUACAUUCAAAACAAAAAAACCCAACAAUCGGUGAAUUGGCUUAGUCAGACAGCUGAAGCUUCAGUGUUGGAUCGUGUUUUUGUGAGACUUUUUUGCAGUGGAGGCUAGUAUGGAGAGGAAAAUGCAUUACUGGGACUCUACAUACAGUUGGGCAGAGAAGCAUAAAAUCAAUCUGAAUCUAUUCAAAAGUUUUAUUGCAAAAUUAAUGUUUAAUAUUAAUAAUAUAUAAAGUUGAAUCACACCGUGGGAUAUUUAAGUCAUGACUCACCUUAGACCUUGCUUUUUAUUUGCUACCAGGGAUAAACUUGUUUUUACUUAUGAAUUAUUUUUCUAUGCAUUACAGUUUACAAUGAAUAUUGUAAUGAAACUCUUAAUUUUCUGUUUUAAGUACAAAUCCUGAAACGUUUGGAACGGUAUGGAAAACUUGAUCCUAAACCCUCAUGAUGUGACAAAUCACCUUCUUGAUGCAUAAAAUCGUACAGUCUG